AUGGCAGCAAGUUUAUUUAACUCCGUCUUGAGAACGCAACAAGAUCCUGUUUACGUAUCGCUUAAUGAAAAUGACUAUCGUGAUGUAAUUGAUAAGAUAUCCGACCAUGAAAAUAUUCAAUGUCCAAAAUUUUCGCUGAAAGAUCAAAACAUCAAUCUGCAAACAUGCAACGAAAAUCAAGAAAUCGAACUCGAUGACGACCAGAAAAAUGCAUGCACUCGCCAAGAUGGCCUCGGACUUGCAAAUCAUCAGAACGAUGUCGCUGCUUCACGAGGUAUAAGAGCAAUGGCAGAUCGCAUCCAACUUCCCGAAAAUACAAUAGUCAGAGCUAACGACCUGUUCACGACACUACACGAAAAUCAAACGCUCAAACGCUCGAUUUCAAACAAGUAUGAAAGUCAUGCAAUUGCAUCGACUUGUUUGUACAUCGCUUGUAGACAAGAAAGAGUUCCUCGUACGUACAGGUAA